UUUUACGGGACGUAAAUCUAAUAACAUAAAGGUAAUAGAAAUAAAAUGGAGGGGAUGUCUCUGCAAAAUCUUCAGGCGCUCUCGAAAUUGCUUUCUCCUCAAGACGAUGAAGAAAGUGACACAGAAGACUGCAAGAAUGUAAAACCGAUUGCAAAAAUGGGUCCUGGGCACAUUGGUGCUUCUGCUUCAAGGCAAAACAAGCAAGCAGAAGACACUGGCUAUAAAAAGAACACCAAAGACAUCUGGGACAUAGAGGAAGUAACUGAUGGGACACAUUUUGAUGACCUUGCAGACCCACGUCCUCAGCCUGAGUAUGAGAUUAUCCUGAAGCAGAGUGUGGGUACUGAGGACUUGUUUUUGGGCAUGAGCGGAAAGAACCCAUCCUCUAUGUGCUGUGAGAACGUGCUGGUGAGGGUGAAGCUACCCGAAACUCGGGCUUCUGAUCUUGUGUUGGACGUAAAGGAGAGAUUUGUUGAUCUAAGAACUCCAAAAUACAAGCUAGGCCUGCAUCUGCCCCACCCAGUGCACAGCAGGGAAGGCACAGCUCGUUUCAUUACAGAGAAAUGUGAACUGGAAAUCACACUGCCCAUGAACAGACCUCUGGACUCCAUCAACUGUGCCUAAAGAGCAGGAAUACAGAACUCAUGGACUUCCUCAUUGCUUGGAAAAGGAAGAGUUUACGGAACAGAAACAUUGCAAACCACAUUUGUAGGUCCUUUAGAUUGUUUCCAAGUUUUUUUAAACCAGACUUAAGUAUUUUAGACUUGUAGUGUGAAUACAGACCGUAAUAAGUAAAAUAAAUAAAUAAAAAACUCAGCAUAAUAAAAUUCAACAAAUGAUGGAACUGGCUCUCAUAAAGACUAUUUUUGGUACAAUGCUGAAUGCAAGCAUAAUACAAUAUGCAAUAAUCUCAUUUUGUACAGAUAUUGAGAUGUGCCCGUUUUCCUUCCUUUAUGCUAUGAAAAGCCUUCAUAGUGGCUCUAAUCUGAGGUGCUGUCAAUUCGUGAUUUUUGAGGCUGGUAACUCUAAAUGAACUUUCAUUGAAUUUUCAUUCCUGAGAUAGUCUUCAUGAGAGUCAGUUAAUGGUGCUUGAUGGGUUUCACAAAAACAGAUCCAGAACAGCUGACCUUCCUGUCUUAAAAUAACUGACUGCUGUUGUUUUUGUUACUGAAUUAUUUGAUGCCAUAUGUAUUAUUUAAUAGUUAA